AGAGGACUCCCAUUCAUUGGCAGCUAGCGGCGCCUCUGGGCCUAGGCUUUUUAAGCGGCGUCGCCGGUGGCCACGCAGCUACUUCCGCCGUCCAAGUCCUCCUCUCCUUCACUCACGUGUCGCUGCGAUGGCGUCGUCGGGAGUCAGCAGCAAGCAGCGGAGCGAGGAGGAGUGGCGCGCCGUCCUCUCCCCGGAGCAGUUCCGCAUCCUCCGCCGCAAGGGCACCGAGUUACCUGGAACAGGUGAGUACAACAAGUUCUAUGGUGAUGGGGUCUACAACUGUGCUGGGUGUGGAACACCCCUGUACAAAUCCACAACCAAGUUUGAUUCUGGUUGUGGCUGGCCAGCAUUCUUUGAGGGACUUCCUGGAGCCAUAAAACGAACACCGGAUCCGGAUGGUAGGAGGGUAGAAAUCACAUGUGCAGCUUGUGGUGGGCAUUUGGGUCAUGUGUUCAAAGGAGAAGGCUUCAAGACACCAACUGACGAGCGUCACUGCGUUAACAGUGUCUCGAUCAAGUUUACUCCUUCCUCGUAAAUACUUUCCCAGGUUAUUGGAGGGGGGGGACUCCACUGGCCUGAAAGCACUACAUAAUAAUAAAUAACAUCGCAUGGACAUUUGCGUAACCUGUUGCUCUAUAUAUGAAUAUGUCUCCUGUUAAUUUGGCUGUAAGCUUGUAACUUAAACAUUGCUGGGAAUGAUAAAUGAGUCCGUUUCAUUAUUUAGAACCGUGAGUGCCCUGUGUUUCACGAUGCUUUAUUAGUUUAUACUGUAUUAUAUCCAAACAUCAUGGUUAGCUAAUUAUUUUUAAGUGUUUUUCGUUCAGA